AUGAGUGUACCAGCUACUAUGACAGCAGUAUCAAUAACAACAACAAAUCAUAAUAGUAGUAGUAGUUUAGAGAAAAAUAAACAAAAAACUCAAGAACAUAUAUUUUCAGCAUUGACAAGAAAAUCUUCAGAGCAUCGUAUGUCAACUCCACAACAAUCAACAAAUGAAAUAGUUAAUCAUUCUAUACGAAUUGUACCAAAAUUUCGUAUACCUAAAGUGGAAAGGCAAAAUAAUAGUCUUUCAUUAUCAGAUCAGAGUCAAUUAUCUCCAACAACAACAGUUAAAAUGGAAACGAAUGAUAGUAUAUCUACAACAAAAAUGAACUCUUCUUCGCCACCAAGUGAAGAUUUAAAUUCUCAACAAGGAAAACGAAAAUUUUCUUUAAGUCAAUAUAAAGAACAUAAACGGUUGAAAUCAAAUGAUCCUAUACAAAAUUCUUCAGCUGAUAUUGAUAUGCGAAUAAAUACUGUGAAAAAUAUCAAAAAUUCGCCACCACCAACAUCGAUGUUCGACGAUUCACAAUUCAUAUCGAAUAAUCAACCCAUAGUUAGUCCGAAAACAGAGGAUAUCAGUAAAGAUUUAGUUAUAAAAAUUUGGGCUGAUGAAAAUAAUAAAGCCCUUGUUCAGACAUCAUUUUUUGAAAUAGAUGAUUCAGAAAUAGCAGAUAUGCAUGCAUUUGCACGUCAAUGUGCGACAAAUAUGUCUAUAGCACAACUUGAAAAAUUAUUGGAACGUGAUCUUCGUAAACGACGGGGUUUACAAGAUGUUAAUUCAUUUGAUGAUGAUAAACAAAAUUUACUUCCAUUACCGCCUUUAAUACGUAUUUUAUUGCCUGAUACAAUAACAAAUCCAAUAGUUAAAUCACAGGAACGUCUUGCACAAGAUGAACGUGAAAAAGGUGUUCUACAGGCUCUUUUUAUACGUUCAUAUUUACCUGAUAGUCCAAGUGAACCCGAUGGUGAUCUUCUUGGAACUAGUACUACUACUACUAUUGAACGAACUACACCAAAAUCAAUUCCACUUGAAGAUGAUACAUCCUCGUCCAUAUUGAAUCAAGUACUACCUAUAAAUAAUAAUCAUGCUACUAAUAAUUCAAAUUCAACAAAUGUAUCUAUAGCUUCAACAAAUCCAGUAUCAACAGCAGUUACUCCAAGUCUUUCAUCAUUAUCAUUUGAUAAUAUUAUAUAUCCUGAAGUUGCUCAAAUUCUUGCACAAGCAAAGGGAAAUUCAAUGUCAGCAACUGCAAAUAAUCCGUCAUCAACAAUAAUAAAUACAUCAAUGAAUUUACCAACUACUCUACCGUCAACUAAUCCAACUUUACCAUCAGUAUCGUCGAAUGUUACUACAGCAUCAAAUUUACUUUCUGCUUUACUCAAUGUUACACGAUCGAAUGGAAAUGAUACAACAAAUCAAGUGGGUAAUAAUGUAUUAAAUCUUCCGCUCAAUUUUACUUUACCACCACCUCCAACAAUUUCUCUUAAUCAAAUAUUAGUAAAUGCUCUUUCGUUUGGUUUACCACCACCAACAAGUUUCAAUAAUUCAAUGCUUCAUUUACCAUCGACUACAUUUAAUAUUCAAUCAUCAUCAUCAUCACCGACAUCAAAUAUGAAUAAUAAUUCAUCGAUGCCACCGCCAACAUUUCGUUUUGCUUCUAAUUCAAAUCAAAGAAUGCCAUCAAGAUUUGAUAAUAAUAAUAAUGAACAGCCAAUAAAGAAUUUUCGUGAACAUCAUAGAGGACAUAAUUAUAGACGAGGAGGAUUACAUAAUAAUAAUAAUACUCGUCGCGAUUAUUAUCAAAAUCGAAAUAAUAAUAAUAAUAAUAAUAACAACAACAAUAAUAAUAAUAAUAAUAAUAAUAAUCGAAAUAUAUUUUCAUGA